UGAGCCCCCAUGCAACAGUGUGGCCAAAGGCGCUAAGGAUGCCCAAACAGGGGAAUCGCGCGUAGAAGCAGAGAGGUCAGUUUAUCUCUGGAUUUGGCAUUGGUGCGACCGCUGCUGGGGUCCUGUGUUCAGUUCCGGAGCAGUUCAAGAAGGAUGUGAAUAUAUUGGAGAGGGGGUAGAGGGGGGCCACGUGAAUGGUUAAAGGAUUACAAAACGUGGCCUGGAGUGAUAGACCCCAGGAGCUCAAGCUAUUUAGCUUAGCAAAGAGAAGCUCCCACCUCCCGGGGUGACCUGCUCCAGUCUAGAAGCACCUACACGGGGAUCAAAUAUUUAAUAAUGGGCUCUUCAGGCUAGCAGAGAAAGCUCUAACGUGACCACAUGGCUGGAAGUUGAAGCUGGACACUUUCAGCCUGGAAAGAAGAUAUCUGUGUUUACCAGGGAGGGGUAUUAACCAUGGGAACAAUGUACCAAGGAGUGCGGUGGAUUCUCCCUCGAGGUGGGACGUGUUUCUAAGAAAUCUGCUCUCGUUCAAACAGGAAUUAACUGGGGGCAGUUCUCUGGCCUGUUAUCCAGGAGCUCAGCCUUGGUCCCUCCUGGCCUGGGAAUCUACCAAUCUCCGCCAUGACUUCUUGGAAUCCGUCUUCUCGCUCUGGUGCUGCCCGGUGGACAGGGACACAAAGUGGGCAGCAGGGGCCGGGGGCUCAGCCGGAGCCGGCACGCCCGGUGCAGCUGGUGCGUCUGGACGAGGAAGGGGGCCUGAUCCUGUACGAGGAGGCCCUGAGCCGCUGCCUGGAGCAGGGUGGGGUGGGGGACGCCCCCGUCUGCCUGGUGUCCAUCAUCGGGGAACAACGCCGGGGAAAAUCCUUCCUGAUGAACUGCCUGCUGAGCCGGCUCCAGCGCCAGAACCAAGAGCACGUGGCCCUGGGGGGGGUUGAAUGUCGCGCCGGGAUGGCGACCGUCACGAAGGGGGUGUGGAUGUGGGGCCAGCCCCUCUGGGUCCAGGGCCAGGGGAAGAAGGUGGCCGUGUUCCUUGUGGACACCGAGGGCUCCCUGGACCUGCAGCGCCGCAUGGAGACCAGCAUCAAGCUCUCCGUGUUGGGCAUAUUGCUCAGCUCCUACUGGAUCUUUAACAUUUCCAGUAUGUUUAAGCAGACGGAGGCAGAUUAUUUGGAGGUGGGUGGGGCAGAGGCUACACACAGCUCUAAUGACACGGACCUGCCAGCCAGGUCUCUGCUGGGGGGACCCAAGAUCCUGGGUAAUGUAGGGAUUGGAGGGGGGCAGUCUAGGGGCUGUUAUUGAUGUUUAGAAAGUCCCAGAGAUCUUGCCCCAGGCUGGGAUUCGAGCAAAGAGUCUGAACAGUAAUACGUGAGCAGUAAUUAAUCAAAUAUUAGUGACUGUCAUAUUUCUGGUUCUUUAUCAUUACCUGGUGGCUAUUUGUCAUUAACCGAUUAGCUCUGGUUCUCACUGCUGAGUGCUGGACCUGCUGGGGGGCUGGUGGAGAAGAGACUUUUGUGUCCCGGUUCACUCCCCUAAGUGAUCUGAAAUGCGCCUGCAGACUCAGGUCUCCGGGAGGGUUAGGUAGCCUUGUGGUAGCUUUGGUGACCCAGAGCUGAGGUGGGUGGAACCAGAGCUG